GGAGGCCGUGGCUCCCAGCGGCAACUUGUAGCCAUUAUGGCAACUUCAUCUGAAGAAGUGUUGCUGAUAGUGAAGAAGGUUCGUCAGAAGAAGCAGGAUGGAGCGCUGUACCUCAUGGCAGAAAGAAUUGCUUGGGCACCUGAAGGCAAAGACAGAUUUACAAUCAGCCAUAUGUACGCAGAUAUUAAAUGCCAGAAAAUCAGUCCAGAAGGAAAAGCUAAAAUUCAACUUCAGCUCGUCCUGCAUGCGGGAGACACAACAAACUUCCAUUUUUCCAACGAAAGCACAGCGGUGAAAGAGCGGGAUGCGGUGAAGGACCUCCUCCAGCAGCUGCUGCCCAAGUUCAAGCGGAAAGCCAACAAAGAACUGGAGGAGAAGAACAGAAUGCUCCAAGAAGAUCCUGUUUUAUUCCAGCUCUAUAAAGACCUUGUUAUGAGCCAAGUGAUAAGUGCUGAGGAAUUCUGGGCCAAUCGUUUACAUGUGAAUGCAACAGAUAGUUCCGCAUCCAGUCACAAGCAGGAUGUUGGCAUUUCUGCAGCGUUUCUGGCUGAUGUCCGGCCCCAAACAGAUGGCUGUAAUGGUUUGAGAUAUAAUUUAACCUCUGAUAUCAUUGAAUCUAUAUUUAGAACCUAUCCAGCAGUAAAAAUGAAAUAUGCAGAAACCGUACCACACAACAUGACAGAGAAGGAGUUCUGGACACGAUUUUUCCAGUCCCAUUAUUUUCACAGGGACCGACUAAACACAGGAUCAAAGGAUCUCUUUGCAGAAUGUGCCAAAAUAGACGAAAAGGGAUUAAAAACAAUGGUUUCAUUAGGAGUAAAAAACCCAAUGCUAGAUUUGACAGCUUUGGAAGAUAAACCAUUAGAUGAGGGCUAUGGCAUUUCCUCCGUGCCAUCUACUUCCAAUUCCAAACCCAUAAAGGAAAAUAGUAAUGCUGCCAUCAUCAAAAGAUUUAACCAGCACAGCGCCAUGGUCCUGGCUGCGGGGCUCAGGAAACAACAAGCACAAAAUGGACAGAAUGGUGAGCCCAGCAGCAUGGAUGGAAAUUCCGGAGAUGCAGACUGCUUUCAGCCAGCAGUCAAAAGGGCCAAGUUACAGGAGUCCAUUGAAUAUGAAGAUCUGGGAAACAACAAUUCCGUGAAAACGAUCGCACUGAAUCUCAAGAAGUCAGACAGAUAUUAUCAUGGUCCUACUCCAAUUCAGUCACUACAGUAUGCAACAAGUCAGGACAUUAUUAAUUCUUUUCAAAGUAUUAGACAAGAAAUGGAAGCUUAUACACCCAAGUUAACUCAGGUUCUCUCAAGCAGUGCUGCUAGUAGCACCAUCACAGCCCUGUCACCUGGAGGAGCACUUAUGCAGGGAGGAGCGCAGCAAGCCGUAAACCAGAUGGUGCCAAAUGAUAUUCAGUCUGAAUUGAAACACUUAUACGUGGCUGUUGGAGAACUUCUGCGUCAUUUCUGGUCCUGUUUUCCUGUUAAUACACCAUUCCUAGAAGAAAAGGUGGUGAAAAUGAAGAGUAACUUGGAACGGUUCCAAGUCACAAAGCUCUGCCCAUUCCAAGAGAAGAUUCGGAGGCAGUAUUUAAGCACAAAUCUGGUAAGUCACAUAGAAGAGAUGCUGCAGACAGCCUACAACAAGCUUCACUCGUGGCAAUCACGUCGUCUGAUGAGGAAGACGUGAAGCAUCCUUGGUGCUCACAGGGUUUGUGGGUGGAGAAACUGGCCUGCAGUGACUCUGGAACCCGGCUGAGGACAAGCAGAUGCUUACACCGGGCACAUCUGCUGCAUGCCCACUCCCAGAGCCAAAAGAAGGAAGGGACGGAUUCACCUAACUCUGGGGAGGCAGACUAAGGCAGAACCAAAAUGAGCUAAGUUGCAAAUAUAUAUGUAUGUGUACAUGUACAUGUAUUUAAAGACUGUUUACAGCAGUUACUCAGAAACUGCUUUUGAUUCACGUUAAGCUGCUUUCAAAAAUUAAAAGAAAAAAUAAUUUUAAAAAAAUACUUAAAGGGUGCAUUGAUUAAAAAAAAAACAUUUUUGUUUUCUGGGUAAAUUUUUUCUCUUAAGUUUAUGCACAGGGUAACCCUAAGUAUUCCUCCUCCAUCCCUCACCAGGACCCUCAAAUAUUACUGAGUUGUACUUGUCCCUUACAUCAGCACAUUAAAGAGAGUACUUUACAUAAGGCUAAGGGAGGCUGUAGCUCAGCCAUCAGGAAACAGUUGUCAGAAGACGUCAUUGGUCCUGCGUUUCCUACGGAAAUAAAUAUUGCACUGAAGUGUGCUCUCGGCCCCAAGUGAAAGGCAUCCUCGUGCCGGAUGUUGUCAGGCGACAGUGAUGCUGCAUGUAUUUCUUGGGUGCAAAUGUAUAUUGCUGAUAAUUUUUUAAAGAUGGCAUGUGCUUUGAAAAGAAGAAAUUGCAUUUUUAAGAGUUUAAAAAUCUUACAAGUGAGAAAUAUAAGAAUUGCUAUUUUCACCUGUUUAGAAGAAAUAAAGGAAGUUUCUCAUA